GAUGGUGGAAUGUACACUUCAGUCCAUUCAUUGACAUGGUAUUAGUAAAAUUGCAUCAACAAAACUAAUGAAUAAAUAAACGUUAAAAUGUCAAAAACUGUGAAAUAAUUACUGAUAAGUGACAAAAAUGGAUUUUUUCAACAAAAAUAGAACAUGUGCCCUUAUGGACAUACCAUCCAUUCCGGAAUAUUUAUCAGCCACCAACGUCUACGGAGUGACUCUAGUAACCCUUGGCACAUUGGCCGUAGUGUUAGUUUUAGUAAUGUUCAUUGAUACACUCAGAUACAUAAUAAAAAAUUCCUCAUCACGGGUCAAAACCUACUCGGCUUUUGUCAUCGGUGUUUAUCCGGUGGUGGCUUUAGUGACAUAUUUCGCAAUUUUGGUCCCACGUGCCCAUCUCCUAUCCGAGGCAAUCACUCAAGGCGCCUUUAUGGCAGGAAUGUACCAAUUAUUUUGCCUUUUUGUGGCGUAUUGUGGAGGCGAAGCCGAGCUAAUUCGUAAAGUCAAACCGGGAAGUUUGAAUUUGAGAGUGAUGCCAUGUUGUUGUUGGCCUUGUUGCUUCUUUUUACCACCAAUUGAAGUCACAAAGAACACAAUUCAGCGAUUACGACUCCUCGUUUUGCAAUUACCCGUCGUUCAGGGACUCGUUUAUUUGGUGCUUUUAGUCAUGUGGGCUGAACGAGAAAGUUUGUAUCAAGUCAAUUACAUGUAUUUGCAACCAGUGAUUAUUAUUUCGAUUUUGUUCGGGGUUUGGGGCAUGGCUAUGACAAUUAAUCUUUUGAAAGGUUUCCUCGGUGAUGAAUAUUUAAUGCCACCGAAAUUUAUCGUUCUUCAGUUGGUACUAGUUUUAGCAAAAAUGCAAGGGGCUGCCACUAGAGGACUAGUCUGGAUCGAUAUUUUACCCUGUCGACCACCAAUAACACCAACUGUUUAUGCAAAUUUAAUCCACAACACUCUUAUGUUGGCUGAAAUGGUUUUGUUGCAAUUUGCGGCGAGAAAAUUAUACAAGAGGAUUCUACCAGAUUUUACAAAUGAAGGAAUUGGUACUAUUAGUACCAUAGGUGGUAUAAUGGCCACUAUGACCGAUAAUAAUAACAGUAAUUGUGAGAAUUUGAAUGUCAAAUUGGGAGUGAAUAAAAUGGGACACAUUAAUGUGGCACUAGAUAUGCGAGAAUAGUUUCAAUAAAUGUUUUAUUUACAAAAAAAAAAACUCUUUUA